GGUUACGAAGAAGAGUCGAGAGGAGAGGUAAGAACAGGAUAAGAAAAAAGAAAAGAGAUAGAAGAAGAAAGAGUAAUGGUAGAGCAGGGGAAGCGGCUGCCGUUAAAUCGUACGUCGAAUGAUGCAAAAGUUAAAUAUAAAAGCGCCGGCUAGCGUCGCGGCGCCUACCGUGGACCAAUGACACGGUGUUGAAGACAGUCUCUUCAUGAACUUGGUCACGGACUGGAGAUAGACGAUUCGGUUCUCCUACGAUAGACGCUUUGGAGAGAUUUUAGCGAAAAUUGCACAUCCAUAAAAAGGAGCACAAGGAUUACAUCAGAAGUGCGUUUACGAAGCCAUUUCGAGUGAAUUUGUUUGAUCAGAGCACGUUAAAUUUCACCUUUGAUUACACUGACGUUUACUUCGGGAUUUGUCGUAAUGAUAGAAAUCAAGAAGAGGUGCAGAACAUUUCGAAAUAGCUAAGCGUAAUGUCACAGCAUCCGUCUAGACCGCCAGGAGGUCAUGGACCUCCCGGCGCUUCCUCAGGUAGAACCAGUACGCCAAGUGGACCAAAUACAUCCACUCCGUCGAACAUGUUCAAACCACCGUCGGUAUAUUCGCCUUCCUCUUCACGAAGACCACCGACACCUGUCCAUCAUACCCGUCCAAUGUCACCACAUUCAUAUCCUGGUGUGGUUCAUUCAAUGAGUCCUGUACCGAUCGGAAUGCCAAUUUCACCUGGGAUGUCACCAGUUUUUGGUUAUCCACCGCAUAGUUACAUUCAAUGUCCAAGACCACGAUGGCCAUCGUCUCUUGCUCAAGGAAAUCAAUCUCCUCGACCAUUUAUACCAGUACAGGUUAGUACAGCAAUACCAAUACCAAUAUCAAUCACUUAUUAUGUGAGACUUAUAAUUGUCAAUAUUGGUAAUCCACUUGGAACCGAUAUAAUAUCACCUGUACCCUGUGCGCCACCGGAAUACCUGAUAGCACCUUAUAGAUCCGGUGAUUAUGAAUAUAUUAGUGUGCCAUUGGAUCACACACCAGUCGAUGAAGAAUCCAGUGGUCCUAGUACUGCAGAAAUUAUCGCCAGUCAAAGCCAAAAUUAUGUUGAUGAGAAACUUGCCGAAUAUCAGGCUACGAUACAACAAUUACAAGAUCUUGAUGAAGAAACCUUCUAA